AUGAUAGCCCUCAACUAUUUGCCACAAACCUCCCUAAGUAGCCGCAAUUCAUGGCACAGGGAAUACUCCACCACGCCGCCUCCAAGUUCCCGCUUUGCGCCUUACAGACAAGCCCUUAAUGCUUUGGCAGAACGCACGCGCACCCCGCUACCAUCGCUUGUAUUCUCAUUUGCAAUCCUUCACGAGAUCACGGCUAUAGUCCCCCUCAUAGGCUUCUUCUAUGGAGCACGCACGCUGAAAGCGGGAGACAGGCUCAUAGCAUCACUCCCCGAGCGCAUCGAUGAUUCCGAGUUGAUAGCUCCAGGAGAAGGCUGGAUGGCGGCCAAGGGCAGGGAAUGGUGGAGGGAGGGCACAUCAUGGGCUGAACGCGUCGGAAGGCGGUAUGGCAUAUUCGGAUUUGAGAAACGCGAUCAUGGCGAGCAAGUCGGGGGUCCCGUGAAAUCAGCGGUUGCAGGAGGCGUCUCAGCCGACGUGGCAAACGCGGUGGUUGCAUACUGUCUAACCAAGGCAUCCAUGCCCGCACGCGUUGGCGUUUCCCUUUAUUUGUCUCCAGCGUUUUCCCGCCAGGUGGUCGAGCCUGUACGCAGAGCAGUCAUCCGAGUGUUCCAACGUCAGUCCAAGUGA